CAAACAGCGUAGAUCAUGCCUGAUCCAGCCAAGUCCGCACCAGCCGCCAAGAAAGGCUCUAAGAAAGCCGUGACCAAGACUCAGAAGAAAGAUGGCAAGAAGCGUAGGAAGACCAGGAAGGAGAGCUAUGCCAUCUACGUGUACAAGGUGCUGAAGCAGGUCCACCCCGACACCGGUAUCUCCUCCAAGGCCAUGGGGAUCAUGAACUCCUUUGUCAAUGAUAUCUUUGAGCGCAUCGCAGGAGAAGCCUCUCGCCUGGCUCACUACAACAAGCGCUCCACCAUCACUUCCCGGGAGAUCCAGACCGCCGUGCGCCUGCUGCUACCCGGAGAGCUGGCAAAGCACGCGUGUCUUAUAAGAGCCUUUGGGUUUAUAGUAAAGUAG